CUCCUGAUCACAUGACUCCCCUCCCUUCUGGGUCUGGGAACCAGGGGAGGCCGCACCAAGUUCAGCUGAAGGCUGAAGUGAAAGCCGGAUCAGGUGACCGCCUCAAGGCCCUCAGCGACUAUGGCCUCCUGCCCAGAUUCGGACAAUAGCUGGGUGCUUGCCGGCUCAGAGAGCCUGCCCGUGGAGACCCUGGGCCCAGGGUCCAAGGUGGACCCAGAACCUCAGAGAGCUCCCCCGGCCCCUUGGACCCCCUCCCAGGAAGAUGGUGAAGAAUUAGCUGGGACCUUGGAUGGAGAAGAGACCCUCGCCCAGAGUGAAAGCGCCCAUUCCGGUCCCAUGCCCCCAGAGGACACAGAGGCCCAGGGCGUCCUGGAAGGUGAUGGCCAUGACACGGAGCUCCCUGGCUCCGGAGACACAGUGAUCCGGGAAGACGUGGAGGAGCCCCCCAUGGUGGCAGACCUGGGGCCGGACACACGGGACCUGGAGGAUCAGAGCUUCCAGCAGAGCCUGCCCUCCUCCCCCAGUGCAGGUGCGGGGCCUCCUGUCUCCCGUUGGCGCUGUCCUUCGAGGAGGGGUGGUUGUGGGAGGUGGGAGCCCAGUGCUCCUCAGCCUGUGGGGCCCCUGGGCGUGGAGGACCAGGCCAGGGGCGAGGGUGUCAGCGGGGAGCCGGGCGUCUCCCUCAACAUGUGCCUUCUGGGGGCCCUGGUUCUGCUGGGCCUGGGGAUCCUCCUCUUCUCAGGUGGCCUCUCGGAGUCGGAGAGCGGGGCCCUGGAGGAAGUGGAACUGCAGGUCUUUCCAGAUGCCAGGGUGGACGACGAGAUGGGGGAUGGGCAGGAUGGGCGAAGGCAGCAGCUGCAGGCCUCCGCGCCCCCAGACAGUGUCCCCAGCCUGCAGAGCAUGGCCCUCCUGCUGGAUAAGCUGGCCAAGGAGAACCAGGACAUCCGGCUGCUGCAGGCCCAGCUGCAGGCCCAGAAGGAAGAGCUCCAGAGCCUGAUACACCGGCCCAAAGUGCUGGAAGCGGAGAAUGCGCAGCUCCGAGGGGCCCUGCAGCACGGCGAGGCCUCGCAGCGGGCCCUGGAGUCGGAGCUGCAGCAGCUGCGGGCCCGCCUCCAGGGCCUGGAGGCUGCCUGCGUCCGGGGAGCACACGGGGUGUGCCUCAGCUGGGGCAGAGGCCCGCAGGGUGGCAAGGUCACCAAGGAGCCAGGCGCUCAGGGGCAGGAUCCGGGCACUGGCUUCCGAGAGCAGAAGGAACGGCUAGAGGCCGAGGCCCAGGCGUUGAGGCAAGAGGUGGAGAGGCAGCAGCGGCUCCUGGGGUCGGUGCAGCGGGACCUGGAGCAGAGCUUGAGGGACGCAGGCCAAGGGGACGCAGCUCACGCUGGCCUCGCCGAGCUGGGCCACAGGCUGGCUCGGGAGCUGCAGGGCCUGGGGAGCUGGGGCCCGCACCCUAGGGUCCCUGGCAACGCCUCAGAGGCCGGGAGUCAGGAGCCCCACUUCCAGAGUCCCAGAGAGCGGGGUGGGAAGGAGAAGUGGCGGGGCGGGCAUGGGGACCGGCAGGCUGAGCACUGGAAGCUUAGGAAGGAGGAGUCUGGCUGGGAAAGGAAGAAGAGCUGGGGGGGCAAGGAGGACGGGGAGCCCGCCGGGAGGUGGAAGGAGGGCAAGCCCAAAGCGGAGGAGCGGGGCAAGGAUGGGAAGUGGCAGGGCCCCAAGGAGCCCCCCAGGAAAAAUGGGAGCCCCCACUCCUCUGGAGAAAGGCAGAAGCACCCUCAGUGGAAGGAGGGGGCUAAGGACCAGCAUGACCCUCUGCCACCCUGGGCAGAGCUGUCCAGGCACAAGUACCGGGCGCCCCAGGGCUGCUCGGGCGUGCAUGAGUGUGCCCGCCAGGAGGGCCUGGCAUUCUUUGGCAUGGAGCUGGCCCCGGUGCGGCAGCAGGAGCUGGCCUCUCUGCUGAGGACCUACCUGGCGCGGCUGCCUUGGGCCGGGCAGCUGACCACGGAGCUGCCCCUCUCGCCGGCUUACUUUGGUGAGGAUGGCAUCUUCCGCCAUGACCGCCUGCGCUUUCGGGACUUUGUGGAUGCCUUGGAGGACAGCCUGGAGGAGGUGGCGGUGCGGCAGACAGGUGAUGACGACGAGGUGGAUGACUUUGAGGACUUCAUCUUCAGCCACUUCUUUGGGGACAAAGCACUGAAGAAGAGGUCGGGGAAGAAGGACAAGCACCCCUGGAGCCCCAGACCCAUGGGGCCCAGGGAGGAGCACAGCCACCGCCGCAGAGGCUGAGCUGCUGCUGGCCGGCUCCCGGGGACUCUCCAGCCGCCGUCCGCCUGGCUCCUGGGUGUCCUGGGCGUCCUCCCUGGAGGGGAGCGCAGUCACCCAGCCCUGCACUGAUGCCACUUUUGCUAGAAAAAGGCCUUCGUUGGGCUGCCUUGCUACCUAUGCAAAUGUACACAAAUGCUCAGGGCCCUGGGCCGCCGCCCUUGGCAGUCCGGUUGUCAGGCAAAUGUGAAAGGGGGUGGGAGAGAAGCCUGGUUUUGGGGGUGGGGUGGGCGGGGUGGUGGGGUGGCAUGCUGAUUCUGAAGCCGCAGAGCUUUCCGCCUCUCGUGUGUGUGCUGCUCCAGCGUGGGCCUGGGUGCCACCCCCUGACCGCAUCCCCUGGGUUGGAGGGUUGCUGGCUGGAGGCCCACCAUCAGGGCUUUCCCAGGGGUUUUGGUCAAUUCAGAAGCAGCUCUCUCCAGAGGGUGAAGUCCCCUUUCUCCCCAGCUUCUCACAUGGCCUCACCGCCCCAUUUGAACUGUAGCCUCCGAUCACAAUAAAGAGCUGCUGGAGCCUGGCGGUGGCUCGGUCCUGAGUGUUGACCUGUGAA